UAUUCGCAUUUACGCAUCUGUCAAAUGUGUUGUUUCUACGUUUUGCAAUUGAAAACUGAAUCAGUUCUUGAAUACAAUCACAAUUUGGUUUUAUUGACGAUAUAAACAUUUUAACAAAAAACCACAACAUAAGUGCUCGAGAGAAAACAAGGCAAACAUCCAAACAUGAAUGUGAUUGAUGUAAAUUCGCCGCAAUUCAAAGUAUUAGAUGCACUGCAAUGUGUUUGUAGCCAAAACGCAAAUCUUCUAAAAAUCAACGAAAGUAAAUUGGCCGAAUGGGAAACACAAGCCGGUUUUUACACAACGAUUACUCACAUUAUAUUUGCCUAUGAAAAUGUCGAAACAAAUGUCCGGUGGAUGGCAACUGUUUAUUUGAAAAAUGGGAUCACAAAAUAUUGGAGAAAAAAUGCAACCAAUGCAAUUUCUGAAAGCGAGAAGAGGGACAUCAAAUGUUUAUUGCUGGCCCAUUCAUUCAAAGAGCCCAUACCGCAAAUUGCGAUUCAAAUUGCAGUUCUUUUAGGAAACAUCUCACGUUUCGACUAUCCAAAUGAUUGGAUUGAGCUUAUGCCACGAUUGGAAGAAGUUAUUGGAUCAUCAGAAUCCCUACAUCAGCAUCGUGGACUUAUGAUUUUACAACAAGUGGUUAAAACACUGGCCUCGAAACGUUUGAGAAAUGAUCGCAGAGUGUUUAAGGACCUCAGUUACCAGUUAUACCCAUGCAUUUUCCAACUAUUCCAAUUAUAUACACAAUCAUUCUUUCAAAGUCUCGACGAAAAUACAAACAUAGAUUCGAGUUACGGUCAUUUGGAUAAAGCACUAGUGACAUUACGCAUUUUAAGAAAACUUACCAUUUUCGGAAUUAAUGAGCCGAUCCAAUUCGAACCAUGUGCACUGUUCAUGAAUUCAAUAAUUCCAUGUCUCAAUAAGUUGCUGGAAUAUCGUUUUCGUUUGUUGGAAAUGCAACAUCAGCAGAUGAACAAUAGUGCGGGAAAUGCACCGAUACUUGGACGAUUGAUUGAAUUGAUUGAAAAAUUUGUGUUGAAAUUUAUGAAAAUAUUGUACGAAUACUUGGAUAAUCAUACAAAAUAUUUCAUCAAUUUAUUACCAGCAUCAUUGGAGUUUGCCUUCAAUUAUGUUUUUUAUACGGGAACUCGUUUAAUUUUCGACGCAAAUAAUCAAAUAAAUUUUCCGAAUUUUGCAAUACAUUGCAUCAAUUUAAUGAAACAAAUCGCUAUGAAAACCAGCACCGAAGAAGACGCACCAAUAAAAACAGAUGCAAAAAAUAUUUUCUUCACCGUCGAACGAUUGAGCUAUAUUAGCGAAAAAAUAAUAACACAUUACUUUUUGCUAACACAAAAGGACUUAGAUCUAUGGGAUGACGAUGCUGAGCAAUACUCUUGCGAUGAAUGCGGUGAAUCGUGGAAAUAUGAUUUACGACCGUGCACAGAAUCAUUUUAUUUGACUCUGUUUAGUCAAUAUCGUCCCGAUAUGGUUGUUGAUUUGGUUAAAUUAAUACGUAAAGCACAGGAAAAUACUUUUCAUCAAGGCUCGGAGAUGAAAGAUAUAUUUUUGAAAGAUGCCAUUUAUAAGGCGGCCGGAUUGUCAUCAUUUAACUUAUUCGAUGAAAUUAACUUCGAUGAAUGGUUCACUAAUCAACUGCUGCAAGAGCUCACGCUUACGCAGGGAAUUCAUUUCCGAAUCAUCCGAAGACGCAUAAUAUGGUUGAUAGGGCAAUGGACUAGUGUAAAAUUUGAUUCUAAUCUUAGGCCAAAGGUGUAUGAAGUUUGUUUACAUUUACUUCAGUCAAAUGAAGACAUAUGCGUUCGUUUGGCAUCUUGCAAAGCACUGAUGAGCACAUUAAGUGAUUUCGAAUUUGAUUCGGUACAAUUUGAAGAAUAUGUGCAACCCACAUUCUCAGCAUUAUUUCAGCUAUUGAGAGAAGCGAAGGAGUGUGAAACAAAGAUGUCAGUGUUAAAUGUGAUGUCAGUUGUGGUGGACAAAAUGGGCGAUAAAUUAUCAAAUGAUGCUGAAAGUCUGUGUCACUAUUUACCAAUGCUAUGGAAUGAAAGCCAAGAUCAUAAUAUGUUACGUUGCGCGAUUCUAUCCGCUUUGCUACAAAUCAUUGUUGCCAUAUCUGAUAUUCCACCGUUCCUCGCAUCAUUUUUGUACCCGGUUAUCGCAAUGAGCACAGAUAAAGAGGAGCCAUCCCAUAUAUACUUUUUGGAAGAUGCACUAGAAUUGUGGCUUGUGGUCGUGCAAAAUAGCACAGCAUUAACACCGGAAUUGCUUAGAUUGAGCUCAAAUCUAGUGCCAUUGAUAGAAAAUUCAUCGGAAAAUAUUCGGACAGUAUUCAGCAUAAUUCAAGCGUACAUUUUAUUGGAUGCAGAAGUCUAUUUACAGCAACAUGGCAAAAAAAUUGUCGACACAUGCAUGUAUUUACUUACUGAUCUACGAUCAGAAGGAAUUGUGAUGAUAAUGCGUUUGUUUGAGUCAAUUUUGAGAUCAACAGGCAACUAUGGCGUUGAAUUAAUCUCAUCAGCUCUACCCAGCAUUUUCAAAAAAGUGACUGAAGACGAUGAAUGGCAAAUGGUGAUGUCAUCGUACUUAUCAAUUGUGUCGCGUGUACUAAUUCUAAAUCAAAUGAUAUUUAUUCAAGUAAUUCAAGGGCUCAAUAUACCUGCACCGUUUGAAACUUUUAUGGACAUUUGGCUCAGAAAAAUGCCAUUAAUAGGCCAAAGUGAUAAAAGAAAACUUUUGAGUUUAGCUUUGGCAAGUUUAUUAACUGUACAAGAUGAUAUUAUUUAUCAACGCUUUGAUGUUAUUAUUCAAUGUAUUUGUGAAACUUUGAACGAUAUUAUGAAGGAAGAUUUGGGAGACGAUGCAAAUGCAUUAGUUGAUUCAUUGAUUUUAACAGAUGAAACACCAAUAGACGACGAUGGUCUCUUCAAAAUGGAACAUAUAUUCUACAGCACACAUCACUACGAUCGAUGUCGAUCGGUCUGCAUGAAAGAUCCUGUGCACACAGUGGUUUUACUGAACUACUUUCAGUCUCAAUUGUACCAAGCAAAACUUGGUUUGGGCAAUGAACGUUUCAACGUUCUGGUAUCAACAAUAGAUGAGUCAAUAUUGAGAAAUUUAGCCGAUUACAAUAUCAAUUUAUUGCCUUGAAGAAAUGCCCAAUAUAUUAUCACAUACCUUGCUAUCGAAAACAUAUUGUUAUCAUUUUAUGUUUGAGCUAUAAACAGUGUAUACAUUAUAAAUAUUUGAAAUCUACACGAAUAAACUCAAACAGAUCGAUUUUCACACAUUAUUUA